AGCUACAUGUACAGAGCCAGAAGAGAAGAGGAACAAACAGAUCUGGAGACACGUUGCCAGAACAUGGAGGUUAACACUUUCUUCAUCCUUCUACUAACAGGACACUACGUGAUGGUCUCAUGUCAUCACCAUCAGUACUCGUUUGUGUCAAUCAAUAAGACCUGGACAGAGGCCCAAGCGUACUGCAAGGAGAGGUCGGGCACUCUGGCCACUUCCACCAGUGCAGGGGACAUGGAGCUACUGACCAAGGCCGCCACGGAUAAAGGUCAUGGGGGCGACUUCUGGAUCGGCCUGUACGGAAGCUGGCAGUGGUCACUGGGCGGCGACGAUGAGGAGGCGAAAUUCCAGAACUGGGGAUCGGGUGAGGGACAAUACAACAUGGUGGAAAACUGCACGGUCAUAGAAGCAGCGACGGGGAAGUGGCAAGACUGGCGGUGUGAAAGAAUCUUUAAAUUCAUGUGCUAUGAUCAAGGGAAGUCUGACCCCUAUAUCCCCGUGGCCACACCUCUCAGCUGGUCUCUGGCUCAGAACUACUGCAGGACCCACCACACUGACCUGGCCGUCAUAACGGACGAGGCUCAGAACCAACAGGUCCAGAACAAGUCAGCCAGUUAA